UCCUUCCUGCUGUUUAACCAAUCAGGUCACUGACUAAGUAAAAGUUGCUACGUCCUCGUUUAACUCGGUAAAAGAAGUUGCACUUUGAGAAGACUUCGCAAAUGAGUUUCUUCUAACGUAGGCGGGUUUGUUUGGAUAUUCGACGCCGACAUAAUGGUUCCGGAAGGCUGGACGUGACCGGAGCGGGACGCGGUGGACACAUUAAACCUACAUUUGUGCGCGUGAGUCUUCUGGAUGUUUAAAAGACAACUUUAGCUGCAGUGAAAUACCACUAGCAUGCUACGCAAGCAGCUAACUUCUUCAAAAACACGAAAAGUUAAGUGGGAAAGUCAAAAGCGAGGUGUCAUUUAAUUUCUUUAACGACAUGAAAAUGAUAAAAGUUAGAAGGUACCUGAGGGGGAGUGGGAGGGUCCUCGCCUUUGUGUUUGUCGCCUCUGUCAUUUGGCUUCUGUUCGACAUGGCUGCUUUGCGCAUGUCCAUCAACGAUGUGAACAGUCAGCUGAUGAGGGAGCGGGUGAUCAGGGAAAAGGAGAUCAUCAAGCAGCAGUUCAGGGCCACCCAGGGGAUGAAGAGGGGCUUUAAACACCCGGUGCAGAAGGUGGACUCGCCUGUGACACCACCCGGGAAAAGACAGCAGCAAUCAGACCAGCUAGCUCAAGCGUACAGGCGUGGAGGCAAAGACAUAAGGGUGAACUCUAAUCAGAAACAAGGAGAUCAAGUUAUCAGAAGUGCGCUGUCUAAUGUACCAAAGCAGGAUGUCCGCCCUAGGAAAGUGGCAGUGAACCUGGAUGUAAACGUGCCUGAUGUUACACAGCAGCCACCUGGUGUGCAGAAUAACAAACUCAUUUUAAAGAGUGGCCCAAAUAAAUCUGCACACCUUGCACAAAAACAUGUGGACAGCAUGGGUUCAAAGACAAAUGAAAAGGUUGAGGACAAUUAUUCUAAGAAUGGAACACAAGUGAGCCAGAUUCAGGUGGAGAAAGCACACCCUGUUCAGACAACAACCCACCAAAGACCCAGCAAGAAUGAAAACGGGAAGGACGAAAUCUUUCAAAGGGAGGUGAACCAAGUCAGGAUGACCGAGAGGACUAAUCUGAAAGCACCAAAGGAGUCGUCGAACAUCCGAGUUGGAGAUGACUCUAGGAGAAACUCCUCAGCUGCUAGGAAACCUGGUGUCCACAAAGUACUCUCCCUGGACAUGACUCAGGCUCCCAGGGAUCCACGUGCAAUUGGCCAGUUUGGUCAGCCAGUAGAUCUUCCCCGUAGCCAUGAUGCAGAUGUGAGGAAGAGAUGGGAUGAAGGCCAAUUUAAUGUCUACCUCAGCGACCAGAUCCCAGUGGACCGGGCCAUUCCUGACACCAGACCUGAAACCUGUUCAAAGAGUUUGGUCCAUGAUGACUUGCCUUCCGCCAGCGUGAUAUUUUGCUUUGUGGACGAGGUGUGGUCCACGCUCCUGCGCUCCGUGCACAGUGUCCUCAAUAGAUCUCCUCCACAUCUCCUCAAAGAGAUUAUUCUGGUGGAUGAUUUCAGCACUAGAGAUUAUCUGAAGGAGCCACUGGAUCAGUACAUGUCACAGUUUCCCAAAGUUCGGAUCAUUCGUCUGAAGGAGCGUCAAGGUCUGAUCCGGGCCAGACUGGCUGGAGCUGCUGUUGCCAAAGGCGAUGUUCUUACCUUUCUCGACUCCCAUGUUGAAUGCAACGUUGGCUGGCUGGAGCCACUCCUAGAGAGAAUCUAUUUAGAUCGCAAGAAGGUGCCAUGUCCAGUUAUUGAAGUCAUCAGCGAUAAGGACAUGAGUUAUAUGCUUGUUGACAACUUCCAAAGAGGUAUUUUCAAAUGGCCUUUGGUGUUCGGCUGGAGCUCAGUACCAGAUGAUGUCAUCAAGAAGAACAACUUGACUGUUUCUGAUCCAAUCAGGUGUCCAGUUAUGGCUGGAGGCCUUUUCUCAAUUGACAAAAACUAUUUUUAUGAGCUCGGUUCUUAUGAUCCUGGUCUGGAUGUGUGGGGCGGAGAGAACAUGGAGAUUUCAUUCAAGAUCUGGAUGUGUGGCGGAGAAAUCGAGAUCAUCCCUUGCUCCCGGGUGGGACACAUUUUCCGUGGGCAGAAUCCUUACAAAUUCCCAAAAGACCGGCAGAAGACGGUGGAGCGUAAUCUGGCGAGGGUGGCUGAGGUUUGGCUGGAUGAGUACAAAGAUCUUUUCUACGGCCACGGGUACCACCACCUGCUGGACAAAAAGGUCAUCGAUAUUGGGAACCUGACGGAGCAGAUCGAGCUUAGGAAGAGGCUCCAGUGCAAAAGCUUCAAGUGGUACCUGGAGAACGUGUAUCCAGACAUGGACGCUCCUCUGGUCAAGGCUGAGGGCCUGGUUUUCAAUCGUGGCCUGAGAAAGUGCCUCACCCUGCAGAAAGGCUCUUUGUCCUUUGAUAUAUGUGAUCUAAACAAACAGAAUCAGCACUUUAAUUACACCUGGAUGAGGCAUAUUCAGCAGCAGGGCCUGUGUGUCGCUCCUCAAGUCAGGAAAAACGGCAUCGUGAUGACAUCGUGCGACAACACUAAACCGGAACUCCGCUGGUUCCACAAGAACUCCAACUCCGCUCUAGCGGAGAACCUCAUCGCAGAGCUGGUUCCUAACCGCAUGUGCCUGGAGGCAGAACCUCGGGGGGACUUGGUUCGUCUCGGCCCGUGUGAACCCAGCAGCAUCUUCCAGAAGUGGCAGUUUACACAUUACAUUGUAAAAUGACGAGACAAGUUUUUAACAUGCACUGAUGAGGGCGUCUAAAUGAAUUUACCGGAGGAAACCGGGAUCAGUUUGGUGGCAGUGAAGUGGGAAUGUGUGAAACAGAUUAUUUUUAUUCAAAUUGAAUUUCAGUUUAUUGAUUAAACUGUGCUUUUUAUGUUUUCUUUACUGGGACUGAAUGAUGAAAAUAAUGAUUUUUUUCUUUACAUCAUGUUAUUUAUGCUGCUGGUUUGGGUUUGGAUGUUAAAAAAAAAAAAAAAAAAAAAACAACUGGUGAACACUUCCUUUUUCUGUCACUAGAGGAAGAUGUUGCUUCAAUAAAAACCUGUGAUCCGAUUUUAAUAACAUUUGCAAACAUUUUAAGUAAAUCUGAUGGAGAGGGGGUCCUCUUAUGAAAGAAAGAAAUAAUAAAAAAAAUACACAUUGGUUA